GUUUUAACAAAAUUUGCAAUUGAGCGUUAUUGUGAGUUGCAGUUUAAAAGCACUCUCCGCGAGAAACAUGCCAAACAUAAGGCUACAGAGCUCAGAUGGAGAAAUAUUCGAAGUAGAUGUUGAAAUUGCUAAAGCAUCAGUCACAAUCAAAACUAUGCUUGAAGAUCUUGGCAUGGAUGAGGAUGAUGAUGAACCUGUCCCGCUUCCCAAUGUCAAUGCGGCAAUUCUUAAGAAGGUUAUUCAAUGGGCAACUCAUCACAAGGAUGACCCACCCCCACCAGAUGAUGAUGAAAACAAAGAAAAAAGAACAGAUGACAUUGAUCCCUGGGAUCAAGAGUUUCUCAAAGUUGACCAAGGAACACUUUUUGAGCUCAUUCUUGCUGCAAACUACCUUGAUAUCAAAGGUCUUCUAGAUGUCACAUGUAAAACUGUAGCAAACAUGAUCAAAG